AGGGUGAUGGAGUACGUCCAACUCGCUAACCUAUUGUGGAUCUGUCCGCUUCAGAUCGGUAUCAGUAUAUACCUGUUGUGGCAGGAGUUACAGUACGGAUCAUUGGCCGGACUUAUCGUUAUGUUAGCUCUACUGCCCGUUAAUGCCUUCAUCGGCGCGCGGAUGAGAGGACAACAGAUCCGUCUAUUGAAGCAAAGAGACCAAAGAACUAAACUCAUGAGCGAAAUACUCAACGGUAUUAAAGUGCUUAAACUGUACGCAUGGGAGACAUCAUUCGACCAAUUGAUCCGCAAAUUCAGAUCAUUAGAGAUGAAAAAUCUAAGAAAACAGGCCUAUCUAUCGGCCGGAAUCACAUUUGCUUUCAAUUCCGCCCCAUUUUUCGUGGCGAUCGCAAGUUUCUCCACUUAUUUAAUGAUAGACAGAAGCAAUGUGUUGGACGCGCAGAAGGUGUUUGUAUCGCAGGCUAUUUUCAAUAUACUUCGCCGACCAUUAGCUUUCUUUCCACAACUCAUCACAACAACAAUGAUGUUUUUUGUGUCAAUCCGUCGGAUAAAUAAGUUUAUAAAUUGCGAUGAACUGAAAGAUCAAUCGCCAAGUAUUGGCGGCAAUCAAAGUAAAGACCAUCAAAACAACGGUAAGGCCAACGGUGUGGCCAACGGUAUGGCCAACGGAAUGUCAAACGGAAAAUCAAAAAGCGAUUCCCAGAUAGUGUUGUCGAACGCAUCCUUUAAAUGGGAUUCCGAUGAGACGACUCCCAGUCUCUCCAAUAUAUCACUCGAC